CGUCAGCCCAACGUCCACAAGAACAGAGCGGAACCUUUCCAGCUGCUGGAAGCCAGGGAGGGGGUUUGCACUGCAGACGUCGUCCUGUGGAAAAAACACACAUUUUUCGUUAAAAUAAACCACUAAAUAUCCAAUAGUGACCAAAAUCAAAUGAAUGAAGUGCUUACAAAAGCUGGGUGGUGCACAGUCGCCGUCUCAUCGUUGGUGAAAGCGAUGUGGGGCAGAUCAGCAUCCAGGGCUCCAUCCUCUGCAUCGCUGUGAUAAGCCUCGUCGGUCUCUUCCUGUUCUGGCUGUCCAGGCUGAAGCACCUCUUCAUCAGGUUCUGGACCAUCCUGAUCAAUGUCCUGAAGAGAGAAGAUGCCCUGCCUAAACAGGUACUCCAGACCGAGAAGCUCAUCAGAGCGGACGUCGGCUGGAUGCAGAAAGUUCUGGUCCUCGGGCUCAUCGAAGAACUCCUGACAACGGGUGUUGAGGCGGUUGAUGAGCGGUGCGGAGUAGGUCCUGUGCCGCCGCCCUCUCCCUCCAAACACAGCGUCAGAUCGGCGGUCUGAGUUCCAGCGAGCAAUGCCGCUGAUCAGGUAAACCUGAUAGGGCCUUGCUGCACAGUGUGAACCUGAAUAAUUAAAAGAAAGUCAUUAGAUGUCUGGAACAGUAUAAUGUAUUUGCUACUUCAUAAAUGGACCGCCAAGCACGGGCUGAUACCUGGAAUCAUGAACGGCAGGACUUUGUGGAACCCUUCCAGGCUGUUGCUUCUGCUCAGGCCUUUAUAGUAGGGCAGAUCCACGCCAUUAAUGGUUGUCGUUCGGGCCACCCUGUACAUGUUGACACCCGGCGGAUCCUGGAUGCACUCCAAGUGCCGUUGAUGUGCUGCCCACAUCUCAUCGAUCGCAGCUGUAAACAAUCCAGAGAAGAAUAAAAGGCAUUCGGCUCAUUUUCAAAAGCAACGGUGUCCGUUUUAAUAACAGUCGUGUGAGGUUUUUCAUACCAGGAGACUUGAAGAGGCUGACUCCACUCUCAUCCAGCCCGGCAGGACCCAUCAGUUCCUCGAUAACACGCUGGAUGAGCCUGAAAGUCUCCUGAGCCCCCAGACUGACCCUCCGCACGUGAUGUUUCAUUUGUUCUUUGGAAAUGAAAAUGCGCAGAACGUCCUUAUCCGUCAGUGAGCUCAUUGAUGCGCUGUCUUUGGCUCUGACUGCCCUGAUGAGGAGGUCCAGAUCUGCACGGUUGUAGGCCAGCACUGCACCAGCCAGUGCUGACUUGAACACUGCAUACUUUGAAUGCGACUCUGUGCGUAGAGCUGCAUCAAAGCGGUGGAUCCAGUGAAAGAUGUCCAGACGAACGACCAUCCCACCGUCCACCCAGGGCCAGAACAAGGUCUCGAUUGCCUUCGGACCGUGCUCCCUUCAACAGCCGCGGUCAACGUACAUGAUUUUGGGGACGGGUUGAUUGGCCAGCUGAAACCUCCUAAUCAGGCCACUGCACAUUGGUUCCAGCGCUUCCUUUGACUCCUCACAGGUGAGCACAAAGGUAAGAAUCUGCGAGAGCUCAUUGCCAAUGCUGGUGAACCACUCUGCAGAGCCUUUACCUUCACCUGACAGCUUCUUCACCACCUAAAAAAUUAAUAUACAUGUAUAUUUACAUAUAUAUACAUACCAUAUGCGAAUUCCCCAAAUGUGGGAAUCUCGACUGCAUAAUUUCUGGUAGUGGGGGACUGCGUUCGCGUUCUCCCCUGAUGACUUGUAGAAAAGAAAAAUAAAUUUAAACCUCACUUAUUCUGAGAUCAUUGUAUCAUCAGGUUUAAAAAAACUGUAACGCCUUCUUCCGGCUCUUGGAGAGUACAGACGCUUUUUUUCUCCUCUCUCUCCCUCCUUAUCCCAAGGCUCUUUGUCCUGUCUUGUGUGCACUGCACUUUCUGCAUUUUUUCUGGAAACUGGAAAUUAUUAAAAAUGGACCUGGUCAGUUGGUCUCAACGCGUCUGACAAAAAUUUUUCAACGAUAAGAAUGGGAGAAGGGUCUCCCGGAUGCCCCUCUGGGACAAAGCCAGCUGGGCAUAUCAUGGACUCCUGGAAAAAGUGGAACCUGAUCUGCCUCUUUCAACUGUCGGUAGAGGAUUCUGAAGAUGUUUGGAUAUUCGUUGUUUUGGUGUCGGGAUUCCUGCUGCUUGGCUUGAGCGGUUACCGGUUACCUGGCUUACCAGAAAAUGAACGAGCUUUCGAGGAAUAUUGGCUCAAUCCCGGAGCUCAGGGAUGGAAUGCAUCGUGCUGUGAACGCACAAACUCGUAUAAUUGUCGAGAUGAGUGGUAAGCUUGGAACUUUGGCUGAGAUUCAGGAGAGAAGUAACACGCCACCCUUCAUCAAACUUUUUGACAGGUCUAUUGUUCUUUGACCAUUAUGACCUUUUCCACCAUAAACUUGACAGGUGUAUUGUUUUAUGACCUUUGUGCCCUUUCCCCCAACCCACCUUUCGUCAAACUUGACAGGUGUAUCGUCUGUAGUCCCUUUUGUGAUAUGAUCUUUAACGACCCUAUAUGUCAAGAUGAUAGUUCUGUAAUGGUGCAUGAAAUCCCCUUUUGUGAAGAUGCAUAAUGAUGAUCUGCUUUGAUGUGCACCCUAUAUGUCAAGAAAUGAAUGUUGUGUAAUGACACAUGAAGUCUCCUUUUGUCUGAAUCAUUUUAGUUACGCUUGAUGACUGUUUUGUGUUAACCCCACAGUUCCCACAGCCCUGCAUGCCUUUUGAAAAGCUCGAUCCAUUUCAGCAGACCGUGUCGGUACACACACACACACACACACACACACACACACACACACACAUCAAAUGACAGACAGAAACAAUGGUAAUAGAAUUCUUAGUGAUGUUUUUAAACAUCACCCUUCGUCCAAUCACGUCAUUCCCAUUCAUGAUUUUUUUUAAAAGACGGCAUAAAAUGUAAAGGAAUUUUUUCAGCCAUCAUUCUCAGAAACACAUUGUGAUGUCAGGUGAGUUUUACUCAGACACCACUUUCCAAUGGUUUAUCAAUCUACCGACAUCUAAUCUUUUUUUUUUAGCCGCAAUUGUUUUGUCCUCCGGUGAAAGUGACUGGGAGGAAAUACGUCUUUCUCAAUUACCACGCACGCCACCGCCACCACCCCCCACCAAGCCCCCAAGAUGCGUUCAUUCAGCUGGGCAGAGCUCUAAAUCAACUCAUAGGAGAAGGGCACACAUACGAGCAGGAACGCCCCUCGCAACGAUACGCCGGAAGUCAAGACUUUAUCCUGCCCACGCCUCCACGCGGCUGUGACGAGGGGGUGGCCUUGCAGCCAGACCAGCAUCCGGUGACCGGCAGUCAACACGCUGCGCCGUACUGUCCCGCCGCUGCCGCGCAGAGACCCCAAUUACAUCGGAGGAGGAAUCGCCGGCUCACUCGGCUUCAAAGAACAAAGCGGAUGAAAAUGGCGUAUCUGCUCCUUCAAAUCAGCUACGGACUCAUCAAUAUAGUGGGAGAUGUCCUGUCUUUGUGAGGACGCUACAUUAAUCUGUUUGGAUUAAAAGAGGACCGAGGAUUUAUUUUUUCUUCAUUCAUCAAGUUUUCACGACCCACUCGUUGAAGGUCUUCUUCUCUGCAUCGUCUGGAUUCAAACACUUCCCGGAGUUCGAGUCCGUCGCAGAAAUCGACACCACCAUCGCCGCUUAUUGCAACAAGAACACCAUCAAAGCAACUCAGGAGUGGAUGAAGAAAAUAUUCAAUGACCACAAACUGGAGUUUGGUUUGUUGGCUCAGUAUUGCUUGGUGGACAUGCCCGCCUUCUUUAAACACCUGCUGGUCGAGAUAAAGCAGCACCUCAACCAGAGUGAAGCUGCACACAUUAUUCAGAGGGUCGCUGGCUGUGAGUGGGACCAAAACACAAAGACUUCUUCUGGAUUUCUGAAGUACGGCUACGAUGGAGGAGACUUCCUUAGAUUUAAUCUGGAGACAAAGUCGUGGACGUCUCUGACGCCGAAGGCUGACUUCAUCAAACGGAGUUGGGACGCCGACACCAAAGACCUGGACUUUCAUGUCUACAUGCUGUCUGCUGUGUGUCCUCUGUGGCUCAACAGGACUCUGAGUUUUGGGAACACGACGGUCCUGGAAACACGUACGCCCACAGUCUCCCUCCUCCAGAGGACGCCCUCCUCCCCGGUCCGAUGCCACGCUUCAGGGUUCUACCCCCCCAGCGUCCAGCUGAUCUGGAGAAAAGAUGGAGAGCAGAUUCGUGAGAUUCAUGGAGAGAUCCUCCCAAACGACGAUGAAACCUUCCAGCUGCACGUUGAUCUGGACAUUUCAUCCCUCAGAUAUGAAGACUGGCCCAGAUACGACUGCUCGUUCCAGUUUUCUGGUGCUGAGGAGAAAAUCGUCCUGAGACUGGAUAAAACCGCGAUCCACACCAACUGGAAAAACACGUCUCUGAUGAUCGUCGCCAUCGCUGUAAUCCUGGCUCUGAUUCUCCUCAUCAUCGCUGCUUUAGGAUUCAUCUUUUACAAAAAGAAAACAGAACCACGUCCCUUACCUGGUUAUGAAAACAUUCCUCUGUGAAUGUCAGAAACCAGAUUAACUAAUAAUCCCGAAGACGUCAGCAGCUUCUGCAAUGCAGACAUGCUUGUUUCCUGGUUUCCUGAUGAUGACGGUGUUCAGGAACACAAGCAUCAGGAUAAGGAAGAAGCUUUCUUCUAUUGUGUUUUAAUGUGACGCGGUUUUAUGCUUCAGUGUUUCUGAGAAUCUAAUGAAAUAAAACACUUUUAAACCACAGCUAAAAACUCAUUCAUCACAAAACCUGCUUUGUGUUUUCUCCUAUGGGAGAAAAACUAUAAAUGUAUUUAGUUGAUACUGAAGAGGCCAUUUUCAUUUUAGGUACCUUUAGAUUUUUUUUUUUCUAAUUUUGCUUUCUGUUGUGGCAUAGUCACGUCUAUAGGUUUGUAAUUUCUUAUCAAACAUGUCAGGAACAAAAUAUUCGUUAUUACUUCAAGAUUUUUAAAUGUUCAACUGCAUUUAACACACAUACACACAUAUAUAUACACACACACACACAUUUAUACGCAGACAUUUCUUUUUUAAAAAAGGUACUGAUUUUUUUGUGCUAAACAGAAAAUUAAUUUUAUGCAUUUUGAUUGAACAAUAAAUGUAUAAAAUCCUUAAAUAAAAGAACAUACAACAGAGCUCCUUACCAACUCAUUUAAUGAUCACUGCCUCAAAAUUCUAGAUCAGGUCGCCCCUUACAAAACCAGCCGCAGUUCCAGUGCCUCCAGUUCACCCUGGCUGAACAACCAGAUUCUUGACCUCAGACGCUCCUAUAGAAAAGCCGAACGACGGUGGAAGAGGACAGGUUUGGUUGUUUAUCGCAAAUAUUUUAAAGAACUUCUAGAGUCAUACAACGAAGCUGCAGAAAAUGCCAGGUCUUCUUUCUUCAGCAACCUCAUAUGUCAAAAUAAGAAUAAUCCUAAGGUUUUGUUUGAUACCAUCUCCAGCAUCGUGUCUUCUCCUCCGCAGCAGGCUCAGCUAUCUUCAGCUGAUGACUGUAACACCUUUCUCAGCUUUUUUGCCAACAAGGUGUUGAAUCUGAGAUCCAGUAUUCCACCAGCUACCCCCCACCCCCCAGGAGGGGAGGCUCCCCAGUGCUCCGAGUCUUUCACCUCCUUCUCCCCAAUUACACUAAAUGACUUAGCCUCAAUAAUCAGUCAGAUGAAACUCUCAUCAUGCUCUUCAGAUAUACUCCCUCUGUUUUAGUCGGGUCCCUUGCCUCCAUCAGUCCAUCUCUGUUGACUAUAAUCAACAGCUCACUGAGCCAAGGCUGUGUUCCAUCUCACUUUAAAAAUGCAGUAGUGACUCCUCUCUUAAAGAAACCCAACCUUGACGCCAGCUCCACCAGUAACUUUAGGCCCAUUUCUAAGCUACCUUUCAUCAGCAAAGUACUUGAGAAGGUUGUUGAAACCCAACUCAGAUCCUGGUUUUCCAAGUCAAAGAUCUCUGACCCCUUCCAAUCUGGCUGUCUGAAGCAACACUCAACCGAGACUGCUCUAGUAAGGGUGCAUAAUGACCUCCUGAUGGCUGCUGAUGCUGGGAAAUGCUCUGUCAUGGUCCUGCUUGACCUCAGUGCAGCUUUUGACACUGUAGACCACAACGUUCUACUAAACAGGUUAAAUGCCCUGGCUGGGAUUUCAGGUUCUGUUCUAGACUGGCUCUCUUCCUAUCUCACUAACAGAACAUUCACAGUGAAGUCAGAAACCUUCUCUUCAGACACUGCCUCUCUAACAUGCGGGGUCCCACAAGGUUCAGUUCUAGGGCCUCUACUAUUCGCAUUCUAUAUUCUUCCUCUAGCUGGCAUCAUUCAAUCUUUCCCAGCCAUCUCCUACCACAUCUACGCUGAUGAUAUUCAGCUCUAUAUGUCCUUCAUGCCACACCAGUUGGACAGGCUGGCCACCCUUGUACUCUGCCUGACCCAGAUCAGUAACUGUCUGUCCAGCAACUUUCUUGUCCUCAAUGCUAACAAGACAGAGACCCUGAUCGCUGCACCCCCGGAACUUCAGCCAAAAAUCGAGCAGGUAAUUGCCUCCUUUUGCCCAUCAGCCAAGGCCAACAUUAGAAACCUAGGGGUUAUUUUUGAUCCAGCUUUAAGUUUAGACUCACACGUCAAAACCAUCUCCCGUUCUUGUCUCUUCCAACUGAGAAACAUUUCGAAAGUCCGUAAACUGGUUUCUACUGCAGAUCUGGAAAAAAUCAUCCAUGCCUUUGUGUCAUCACGCUUAGACUACUGCAACGCUCUUUUUACUGGUUUCAGCAAAACCUCCCUCUCACGCCUUCAAGCCAUCCAAAAUGCAGCAGCCAGACUCCUAACCAAAUCCAGCAGACGAGCUCACAUCACCCCAGUUUUACAGUCCCUCCACUGGCUCCCGGUAGAAUUUAGAAUACAGUUUAAAGUUUUAGUCCUGACCUAUAGAGCUCUUAACAACCAGGCUCCAAGCUACCUAUCUGAGCUUUUAUCCCCACACACCACAUCACGGAACCUCCGAUCCACAUCUGAAAACCUCCUGGCUGUUCCUCGAACCAGACUAAAAACCAAAGGGGACAGGGCCUUUCAGUCUAUUGCCCCCAGACUUUGGAACAGUCUGCCUUCAAAUCUCCGUCUCUUGAAAUCUGUAGAGGUCUUCAAAAAACAUCUUAAAACUCACCUAUUCAUCCAGGCUUUCCCACGCUAAAUAUUCUAAAAGAUGGCUUUGUUCUUGUUCACACCUUGACUUUGUUUUUAUUCCUGAUUUUGGUUACUAUUGUUGUCACUGCUAUUGUUUUUAUGAUGUUUUUAUUGGUUUGAGGUAUUUGCCCUGAUUUUAUUCAUGUUGUGCAGCGCUUUGUGAUUUAUAUCUGUAAAAGGCGCUAUAUAAAUAAACUUUACUUACUUACUUACAAAUACACCAAAAAUAACCAGUAAAUAAUUAGCCAAAAAGUGACUCAAUUAAUCUGAUGUCACCUAUAAUCUCCAUUCAGGAUCUAGAUCAUCGUGUUUUUAAAUUGUCUCUGAAGAAAUUUAAUUCUUAAUAAAAGUUGCUUUAAAUUUCCUCAUUUAAACUUUGACACAUUUUGGCUGUGAUUGUGAGACUCACAAGUUAGUUGAGCGACUUGACUUGAAUUAGUGUGACGUUUAUUCCCAGAUAUUUUUUUUAUCGUGUUGAUGUUUUUUCUCCACUUUUAAUCUCGUUACGUCAGCCAUUUUGGGCUACAUGAUUGCAUAUGGCGAACAUACACAACAUAGAUUGCGCAUGCGCACAAUAAAGGACAGCGUUAAUUUCGACGGACCAGACUCUUAUCAGAAGACCGCGACAUUAGUAAGUUUAGAUCUACUUUCUAUUUUAUUUACAGUCUAUGAUUUAGACAUUAGCCAGCAUGUUGACAUGUUGGUACGCCUAGCGUUAACUACUAUUGCUUUUCAAAAUCUUUUUAUGGAGGAGGUAAAAUGGCGCCUGGUGUCCGAGGUUGACUCCUACAGGCCGCUGUUGCAGGUAAGGGACUGUAAUAAUUAUUUAUUGUUUGACGUGCUUUUCUUACUUUUGAAUGACUUAAGCAACUGUAUGAAUCAAUAAAUAAGUGGCUAAUUAAGUUUAAUUAGGUUUACAACCUGAGGGUGCAUUCCAGCUUCGCUUAAUUAGCUAAAGUUUUCAUGGACGGACGGUUAUUUAAUUUAAAGGUGGUUAAAUUGGCAAUAAAAAUAAAUAAAUAGGCGAGGAAUGUUUGAAUGGAGCUAAAGUUAGCUGGAGUGGAAGUGGUGAUGAAUGCAUCGUCAUAAAAAAUAGGACAGUUUUUUUUUCGAUACGGUUCCUUGUAUUUAUUUUAAUAUUUUUAUUUAACCAAACAUAACAUUUUCUUUCCCCCAGCGCGUUUAUACAUGAAGCCCAGUACAGUUUUAUUAAAUUUCAUAGAUUGCGUGAGAAUGGGCAAGGCAGUUUUAUUAAUGUAGCACGUUUCAAACACGGGGCAAUUCAGUGUGCUUAAUAAUAAAGAGUAUAGUUUGCAUAGUAAACGCUUGAAGCUUAUUUUAAAAUAAAUGUGAAGAAAAGUUGUAUUUAUUUAUUAUUUUUGCCGCUUUGGGCUGUUUUGUUUCUUAUUGGACCAAAGUGUGCCACGUGACCCGGAAGCAAAGCCGUGGGUUUUUUUUUUCUCUCAGCUUAACUUUUUAUCCAGUUUACAUCCGCACAGCGUCGUGGCGUGUCUCGAUCGCGUAACGCUGCUACGACGGCGUUAACGUGGUCUCUGGUUUCGUUAUGAGUUUAAAUGUAAUGAUGUAUUUUUAACCGUGAGUCAGAAUGACAAUGAGCGGAACGGCGUCCUGUCCUCAGCCCUUUUGUGGUAUCGCUUCUCGGCCUUUUGGCUAAGAUCAAGUGUAGUAUCUGUUCUUAUCAGUUUAAUAUCUGAUACGUCCCCUAUCCGGGGACCAUAUAUUAAAUUGAUUUUUGGAGCAGGGAGAUGGAAUAGGGGCUUGCUCCGUCCACUCCACGCAUCGACCUGGUAUUGCAGUACCUCCAGGAACGGUGCACC